UCCCUUCGAGCGGGAGCGGAGGACUUUGAUUUUUUGUUUUUUUUUAACCACGGAAGCAAAAAGUUAUGUGACUUUCUUCAAUAGCUGCUUUUUUUGUUUACUAGACAUGGCCCUACAGAUAGAAGCGGAGUUACCACCUGGCCUUGCAUGUCUAAAAAAUGUUGAUGCCCUGCUUAGGUGUCCCAUUUGCUUCGACUUCCUCAAUGUUACAAUGAUGACUAAAUGUUCUCACAACUUUUGCUCCUUGUGCAUCAGAAAAUUUCUUUGCUAUAAGCUGCUGUGUCCAGUGUGCAAUACACAAGCAACAGAACAAGAACUAAGAAACAACCGUUUACUGGAUGACCUGGUCGGGAGUUUUCAAGCUGCAAGGCAGCAGUUGUCAAAAGCAGUUUUUGACUCUCCUCCAAUAUCCCCAAAGACCCCAGCUUCAGCUGUCAAAUGCAAAACUCCCAGAGAGAGGGGCCAGAAUUGUAACAAAUCUGUUUUAAGUAACUUUUUCCAAAAGAGGCCUAAAACAUCUCCCACUGAAGAACCCCGGCGACAUAGUUCUGCUGAUCAGUGUGUCCAGCGGGGGAAAACACAAACUGCACGCACCUACGAUGCAGUUGAUGCUGACCUACAUUCAGCAACUGCUCACCCAGUGGUUGUGAAGGAAGAGCCGAGAGAUGUGGAGGAGACAUCUAUCCAGGGUUUGGUGUCAGUCAAACAGGAGGCUGGAGUCUCACACAGUAUCAGCACGGGGGAUGAGAUGGCGCAUUCCUCAUCACCAUCAAAAGACUUUAAGCCUGUGAUCAAAGUGGAAUGCCCUGUGUGUUCCGUCAGUGUGCCACAGCAGUUUAUCAACAAGCAUCUGGACACGUGUCUUACAAGUGGAGAGAAGAAGGAAAGCUUGAGAAGCUCUGUUGCCAAUGCAAGGCGUCCAAUGACGAAGCUGGUGUACAACCUGCUUUCCCUGCAGGAGCUGAAGAGGAGGCUGAAGGAGUGCCAUCUCUCAAUGCAGGGUUCUCGGGACCAGCUGAUCAAAAGACACAAGGACUUUUUCCACAUAUACAACGCCCAGUGUGAUUCCUUAAACCCCAGAUCAGCUGAAGAUAUUGCCAAAGAAGUGGAAGCCAAUGAGAAGAUCAGGAAUCAACUACAGGGACAAGUCAAACCGGUCAUGGUUUUCACAAAGAAUCAGUCCGAGACGGAGAUUGAUGAGAUGCAUUUAAAUUAUAGGAAGAAGCACAGCAGUGACUUUUCCCGCCUGAUUGCCCAGGUGCGGGGUCGCCUAGAGACUACCAGGCAGACUCAUAUUAAACAGGAAGUCAUUAUGAAAGGAGAGGAUGCUCACAAAACACACUCUGCAGAUCAAAUUGCAGAAUCAAAAAGCUGCUCAGUAAUAAAGGUAGAAGAUGGAGAAUCUGACGAGGAGCCAUCUGCAAGAAGAAUUGAAUUGUCAUCAAGCCCCACCUACAGUGACGUGUCCAUCAGCAGUUCAAUUUCAGACAUCUUUGGUCCAGAGCCUGUCAGAAACCCUGAAGACACUGAGAGAACCUCAGUCCAAAAGCGAACAUCCAGCAGUAGAGGAGGUGACGCAGCUUCGUCGCCCGUCAGUGGAAAACGGCGGCGUAAAACCUAGGAAGACAUGAUGGAAAUCACACCAAUUUAUGUUUGACUGACUUCAAGCAUAUGAAGAAGUGAAGUGAUGCACUUUUAUCUCAAGCAUUUCAUGGAGUUUUCUGAAGUUUCUCUGUUUACAUCAUGUAUUAUAGUAUUAUUAAUAAAUGUUUAGUAUUUUAAUAUA